UGUAAUGUUUAUCGUUUCCUUUCCUUUCCAUGGAAUGUCAAACUUAUUUAUCACACUGUAAUUAGUCUGAUCACACUGUAAUCACACUAUAAUUAUUGAGAAUUUAAUAUAGUUCACUCAAAAAGAGCCGAACUGGCAAGAGUAACCACAAUAUGACGGUUAAUUUAUUUAAUGUAAACAAAACAGAUCACGUCUGAUUGUUUUUUGGUUAAGAUUUUUUGAAAUGUUUCUGUCGUGGGCGAUUAGAUCCACUUAAAUAAACGCUUGGUGGAGAACAUAAUCGGACAGAAUGAGCAAAAUGUGUUCUCUGGAAGAAAUUGAGAAAAAGCGCUUAUUAGCAUUGCAAAGAAGAAACCAAUCCCAACUGAAGGCACAAAAUAAUGUACCUAAUAGUCCUGUUCAUAAAAAGAUAAGUCCCAAUUAUAAUACAAAUGUUGUGAGACAUCACAAAUCGAACAACCGUUUCAAUCCUAUAGAGCCAAGGAAUUUCUUUACAUCAUCGAAAUCUGUAACUGGGAAGUGUUACAUGAUUAGCGACGACAGAUUCGCAUUGGAAACAUCGUUAUAUGUACCUGCAAUUAUUGAAACAUUUAAAACAGUUGCAAGCAAAUUAUAUGAUCCAAAUUCUAAGAUAUGGAAUUUUCACAUAAAUGAUUACGACCACCUGAUGCAGAAAUUAGUUGGGCAUGAGUCUAAAAUAUCUGUAACAAGAAUUCCUCAAAUUGUCUUCCAGAUAUUCAAAAAAAACUUAAAGUCAGAAAAAGACAGCCAAACACCAGAGCCAGAUUUGUCGAAAAUUGAUGAAACACUGAUGGAUACUUUGAUGCCGUUUCAGCGAGAUGGCAUAUGCUACGGCAUAUCCAAAGGAGGUCGUUGCUUAAUCGCAGAUGAUAUGGGAUUGGGGAAAACUAUACAAGCGUUAGGCAUAGCAUGUUACUUCAGGACAAAUUGGCCGCUUCUAAUUGUAGUUCCUUCAUCUGUCAGGUUCCAGUGGUCUGAGGCAAUUUACCAAUUCUUACCGUCCAUACCUACGCACUACGUUCAUCAUUUUGCAAAUACAAAGGAUUAUAUCGGAGACGAAAAAGUCACUAUCAUAUCGUACGACUUAUUACAUCGAGCUGUUGAUGUUUUCGAGAAACAUAUUUAUGGAUUUAUUAUUCUGGAUGAAUCUCAUGUGCUGAAGAACAGUAAAACUGCAAGAUUCCAAGCAGCUCAACGGAUAUGCGCCCAGGCACGUCAUGUCGUGCUGCUCACUGGAACGCCAGCUUUGUCGAGGCCGAUCGAACUGUAUUCACAGAUCAGUCUCAUCAUGCCACGCUUUAUGAAGUACGAAGAAUAUGGUUUGAGGUACUGUGCAGGACAGAAGAAUAAUUUCGGUUGGGAUUUCACGGGCUUCUCGAAUAUGCAAGAAUUGCAAUUGCUGCUGAGAAUAACUUGCAUGAUCCGACGGCUGAAAGUCGAUAUAUUACAUCAGUUGCCCUCUAAAAUAAGACAAAUGGUUAUCUUAAAUCCAGACUUAAUUAAAGCCGGUACUAGGGAGAUGCGAGACAAGUUUGAACAGAUGCGAAAAAAUACCACGGGCCUGGAGAGGCACAAUGUCCUGUUGCAAUAUUACACCGAGUCCAGUAUUGCAAGACUCAGGGCGGUAUGCGCACAUGUAAAGAAUUUAUUUGAACGGAAGAUAAAGUGCCUUUUGUACGCUCAUCAUCAGAGUGUUCUGGACGCUAUCUGCAACGUUGCUGAAUCCAUGAAGAUACGGUACAUAAGGAUCGAUGGUAAAACCACUUCGGAGCAGAGGAAAUAUCAAGUCGACAAGUUUCAAAAGCACGACGAUUACUUGACAGCUGUUCUGUCGCUCACCGCCGCAAACGCGGGUAUUACGUUAACGGCCGCUCAUCACGUAGUUUUCACUGAAUUAUUCUGGAAUCCUGGUAUUAUGUGCCAAGCGGAAGACAGAGUCCACAGAAUCGGACAGAAUAAGGACGUCAUAAUUCAGUAUUUAGUGGCAAACAAUACCGCCGAUGACCACAUAUGGCCGUUACUUAAGAAGAAGUUGAACGUUCUAAAUGCAGUCGGCCUCGAGCAAGAUUUAACGAUAAAGGAUAUUGAUAUUUCGGUGCAGAAACAAAUUGGACAGCAAGACUUGAGUUCUUUUGUGAGCAUCUCGCCUUCUUCUUCUAAGGAAGAAGAGAAUUGUUCACCCAUGGAAGACUUGGCAUCCACUUCCUUCAACUUGGAUGAAUUUAAAGAAGAAUUGAUUGAAGUUGAUGGGGCACUCUUCGAUCCCUGCGAUUGGGAUGAUAUGUAAUUGUAUUGCAGUUGUCGAAGAAGUUCGUUUUGAUACUCUGACCGCCAGUACUGAAAAUCUACAGUAUAUGAACUAUGGAUUUUCAGUAGUGAAAGUAUAUAUCGGAAAUGCCAUUUAAUAUUUGAUAUGUCUCUUUUACCUAGAAGAAUUAUAAGUUUAUUUUUAUCACCUCGUCAAAUUCCAUCUUGUUAUGAAAGUUCAGGAUUUAAUAGGGGAGGCUAAAUAUAUAUUUGUAAUUAUGAUAGAGAAAAUGCGAGAAAUAAUAAAUUAUUUUGCUAAUA